AUGUUAAAAACAAACGCCUUAGUACCUGUUUUGAUAUUGUGGAGCACGUUUUUAGCAAUCGUCAACAGUAACGAGCUUUCGCGUUGCUGUUCAGGUGGAGCGCGACAUUACCAACAGACACAUACCUGCUCGAAUCUAAAAUCCGUAGGAUCCAAGGCAAGCUGUCUAAGAACAGCAUCAAUCUGCUGCUUACGUGCGUUGCUGGAUUCCUCAUGUGGAGAGGGGACGGAUAUCGCUAGACAAGAUGAAACAUGCCCGUCCAGUAUAAACAGUUUAGGCGGAGGACUGAAAAAGGAAUGCUGCGAAUGCUGUCUACUAGCUAACGAAUUGAUAGCAAAGAACCAGCCCUGCACACCACCGACAGGAUUCUCGGCCGCUUGUCUGAGGUCCUUCUCACGUUGCUGUCAAGGCACCUUCGAAUUCACUCAAACAAUCCCGAUAUCAACUGUCUCUGAGAACAAUGCUGUCUACUUGGGUGAUCGAUGUGCACAUUCAAAAUGCGAACAUUUUUGCAAUGAUCGAGGUGGAGAAAGCGUUGAGUGCACCUGCAGACCAGGGUACGAUCUAGGUCCCGAUGGGCAGAGCUGUGUUGGUGAGUCUAUUCGAUAA